AUGUCUGAUUUAGGAUUAAAAGCAGAAGACAUAGAAGACAUCGCUAACCUCUACGAUCAAAUCCGCACCAUUUUCAAAAAAAAAUACCCAGAAGCUGACGCAGUUCUGGCUCAAGCUUUUGAAAAGACAGUUUCCCAAAUAAUUUCUGACCUGAAUCCAAAAGCGUCUCAAGCAGUAAGUUCUGAAGAUUUUAUAUAUGAUAUUUUGCUUGCCAAGUACAAGCUAUGACAAAUGUGCGGAGAUAAAAUCUGUGCGUUUAUAAAAACACUUGAUAUUGGAGCAAGCAAAAUUUUAGUGGAAAUAUUUUCUCAACAAGCAAACCUGAUUAGACAAUCAGUGACUUAUGCAACAGCUGAAAGAGAAAAAACAAAAAAAGUGCUUGCAGAGCUUGAAAGUAAUAAAAAACAGACCGAAGAUAUCUUGAUCGCAGCCGAAAAUUUGGAACAAAGUUUGAAAGAAGCAAAGGAGGAGAAUGAAAAUUUAAGGAAUGUUCAAGCAACCAAAGUUGAUAAUGGCGAUGAGUUUGAAGAACUGAACAUGCAAAUAGCACAGCUCCAAGAAGAAAACGAAAGAUAUCUACAAAAAAUAAUUAAGCUUUCAAAAGAAAAGGCCGAAAACUCAAUCACCCAAAGACCAAGCAGCACUUCUCCUGCAAAAGAAGUAGUAAAAGAAAAACCAAAAACAACUCCGAGGCCUACGCCAUCAGUAUCACAAGUUCGAGAACUCAGCCAAAGGCAGCUUAAAGAAGUUAUUGACGAAUUUUAUGUAGCAAAGGAAAAAUAUGAUCAAAAAUGCAUCGAGACUCGGCAGCCUAAAGAAACAAUGGAGCAGUUCUUAUGAAAUUAUUUAAACAAAAAAUAUGGUUUAAAGCCUUUAAUCAAUGACUGAUAUUUUGCAAUACAAAAAGCCCUGGAUAAAUAUCAAGACGCAGAUCCUGAGAUCCUGCUAUUUGCAAAAAUAUUAAGGCAUGAACUGGAAGAGAGCUACCUUACUUACUUAUUUAAUUAUCUGGUGUUUAAGGUGUCUAGUGCCGCAGCCCAAAAAAAGGACCUAUGGCAAAACUAGUGACGUAGGCGAGCCAUCUUGGAACAGGUCAGCCCUGGCCAAGCCUUUUAUCAAUUCCUGCUUCACCAGCCUUGCUGCACGUCUCACCCGGCGCGAUGCCGUCGCCCUUGUCGCUCGACUCAGCUCCUGCGCGUGUUCCGCCUAAGGGGUCAUCCUCCCAUGGGGAUGUGCUGAGAGGUAAAAGCCCGAAAUCUUGAGAGGACUGAGGAGCAGUUCCUCUGAUUAUCCCCAGAGUUAAACUGCUAUUGCUGUCCAGAAGUUCUCGAGUGAAAACCUAACCCUAUAAAUAAAAAUUCCAUGAGGGAGAGAAAAUUAGCAAAGCUAAUUUCUCCCGAACCGAAUGCCACUUUAUUUAUGGAAGAGAGCUACCAAAAAGUAUUUAUAGACGUUAAACAAACCACCCAGCAGCUAUUAAAAUUACAAUUCAAAAACAAAUUCCCGUAUAUGAGAGAAAAAGAGCUCAAAGAUGUCGUAGCUGAAAAACAAAGCGGAGAUCUCGAUGAAGAUGAAUGGCAAGCAAUUGUUACAUACAUGUAUAAUGCCCAAGACUCAGAAUAUCUUUUAAACAUGCUUAAAGAGCACGUCGAAAGAAGCGGCCUAAAAGUCAAAGGAGCCAAGCCAGCAAUGUCUUACCAAGAAUUCGUAAGGCUGCUAUUAGAGUUCCAAGUGACUGGGCAUGAUCAACUAUUAGAAGCUUUCAGAGAAAAAUUCAGAAUGUUUGACGAAGACAAAAAUGGGAUCCUUUCUCAUAAAGAGUUUUGUGAAUUUCUUGCAAUGAUUGGAUUAUUUGAUGAGUCAGAAAGGAUGCUUGCUGUCUGUGACCCUCAAGAAACUGGGCAAGUUAAUUUCUCUGACUGUGUUAAUUUGAUGCUAUCAGAGCAAGUAGAAAAUCAAGGGCAACAGCUUUCAGUUGUCUAUAAAUUAUACCUUGAUAGAGGAUCAAGCUAA